AUGGCAUUCCUCUUUAAAUCAAAGAAACACCAGCAGGGUUCUGGCCUACCACCCGCGUCAAGAAACGUCCAAUCUUCAGAAGGGCCGCCGGCAAACCCAAGCCCAAACCCAUCAGCAGCUGCGCAGCUUAGCGGCGCCAAAGAACGGGAUGGAUCACAUUCCCAGACCCCGACGCCCAGCAGUAGCUAUAAUAAUUCUUUGAACUCGUUGAACGGCACGAACAGCCCCGAUCACCCGCGGAUGCGCCAGAGAGCCGAAUCCGAAUCGCAGAGCCAACGACCACAACAGGCGGCGCCAAGUAACUCCCCGAACGGUAGCCCAGGUGCAUCAUUGUAUCCAUGGUCGCAACGACGCGUGAACUUCACUUCCGCCCAGACAAAUCCAUUCCCUCGUUAUGGAGCAGCAAUCAAUGCGGUGGCAUCGAAGGAGGGCGACAUCUACAUGAUGGGUGGCCUAAUAGAUGGAUCAACUGUCAAGGGAGAUUUGUGGAUGAUGGAAAACAGCGGCGGUAACUUGUCCUGUUUCCCGAUCGCUACUGUCUCCGAAGGGCCAGGCCCGCGAGUCGGCCAUGCCAGCUUGCUGGUUGGUAACGCUUUCAUCGUAUUUGGAGGCGAUACUAAGGUGGACGAAACCGACACCUUGGAUGACACGCUCUAUCUCUUGAACACAUCUUCUCGUCAAUGGUCCAGAUCGAUACCCCCAGGUCCUCGACCUGCUGGGCGUUACGGCCACACUCUCAACAUCCUUGGCUCUAGACUUUAUGUUUUUGGUGGACAGGUCGAAGGCUAUUUCUUCAACGACUUGGUUUGUUUCGACUUGAACCAGCUUCAGAAUCCGGGGAACAAGUGGGAAUUCCUUAUUCGGAAUAGCCACGAAGGUGGCCCUCCGCCCGGUCAAAUUCCGCCCGCCAGAACCAACCAUACAAUAGUGAGCUUCAACGACAAACUGUAUCUGUUUGGAGGAACGAAUGGCUUGCAAUGGUUCAAUGAUGUCUGGUCUUAUGACCCUCGUGCAAACACCUGGACUCAGUUGGAUUGCGUCGGCUUCAUCCCAACACCUCGUGAAGGGCACGCUGCGGCUCUUGUCAACGACGUUAUGUACAUUUUUGGAGGACGAACCGACGAAGGUAUUGACCUCGGGGAUUUGGCCGCAUUCCGCAUCUCCACGCGACGAUGGUAUUCUUUCCAAAACAUGGGGCCUGCGCCUUCUCCAAGGUCUGGCCAUAGCAUGACCGCCUUUGGAAAGCAAAUCAUCGUUCUGGCGGGUGAGCCGAGCUCUGCGCCGAGGGAUCCUGUCGAACUCAGCAUGGCAUAUAUCCUAGAUACCGCCAAGAUUCGCUACCCAGCUGAGAACCAAUCUGGUGAAAGAGCUCCUAUUCAAGCGAUGCGGAAGAUGAGUGGAGACCGUGCAAUGCAACCGACGGGUCGGACAUCGCGGGAAUCUCAGAACCAACCUGACGCUCAACGACGUGGACCACCCCCCCAGUCACGGGAGAGCAUUAUGACCAGCCCUACUGGUAGACCAGCGGACCUUGGUCCUAGUCCAGGGCCCGGAUCCCGACUGCCCAGAGCGUCGAUAGCGCAAGCCCCCGCGGGGCCUCCUCCCCCGGGACAGGCCCCUACACCUGGUCAAAGGGGCAACACUCCUCAGAAUGCCACGAAUCCCCGAAGCAAGACGCCCACGAAGACGGAUCGUGCUUAUGGAGGCCCGCCUGUGGAUACCGCUCGAGCCAUGGGGCCCGACAGGGAUAGAGAAUCACCAGCUGCCAGGGACUCGCCAAAAGAAGCCCGACCGGCGCAAGACUCGAGUGCCGCAUCGGGCGGUCGCCGUACGCCAACCCAGCAGCCAUCAAGAAUGUCUGCCAAGGCUAUGGAAGCUGGUGAGGCUGCACCCCUUAUAAGUGCGCCAACUAGACAACGGUCUUUGCGCCAGCACCGGCAACGCAGUUCUAUGGACAGUGCCGACGAAUCCAUCCUUGGUAAACAUGCUAGUAUCGAUGGUUCAACGGAGUCGAGGAGUUACAGAAAUUCAAGAUCUGGAGAUGAACCACGGUCGCCCAGACUGACGCCCCACCAGGAAGCGCUAAUCAAAGAGCUGGAAGCGGUGAAAAGCCGUAAUGCAUGGUAUGCUUCCGAGCUUGCGUUGGCUAAGAAGGCCGGGUAUGCACCCAACCCGGCCAACAGCGUUGGUGUGGAUGAGCGUGCCGCAGAUGCAUUUGCGGAUGAGGAUCGCCCGUUGAUCGAAGCAUUCCUUGCCAUGAGAGCAGAGCUGGCCAAAAUGCAGGCCACAGUCGAUCGCCAGGCGGCCAUCGCAUCUAAACGUGUUGCAGAGGUGGAGCACCAAAGGGAUGUUGCUGUCAAUGAAGCCGCUUACUCUCGUGCCAAGUUGGCUGCUCAUGGUGGAAGUCAAAGGGGCACCCCGCAACCGGAUGGAAAUGCGCAGGAAUCCGAAGAUACGUCUGUGGAACGCGGCACAGAUCUAACCCGAAGGCUAGCUCUGGCUCUCGCGUCGCAGAAUGAGCUCAAAUCCAAGCUGGAAGUGAUCACCACUGAACUUGAUCAGGAAAAGCGAGGCCGUGAGCUUGCGGAGGAGACAUGUGAAGCCACCCGGAGACGACUGGCCGAACUAGAAAUGCACAACAGUAAACUAGAGGCUGAAAGUCUUAGGGCGGAGCUUCAUCAGCUGGAGGCGUCGCUCAGGGAAGAAAGUCUGUUGCGAUCGGAGGCCGAUUCAGCAGUGAAGCAAUUGUCCUUGGACAAAGAGGAACUUCUGCAGAAACUCGAGGACUCUUCCACCCGUCUUAGGGACUAUGGCACUAACCUCGGCGGCCUGCGGGAGGCUGUUACCGCGUCAUCUGAGAAGUCCCAACUUCUGGAGAGACAACUAGAUGAGGAACGUGAGCGGCGUGAAGGCUUAGAAAGGAAGCUGUUGCAGCUGCGUUCGGAGCACGAAGAAAGGUCAGCAGAGUUAGAGAACGCCACACGUCGCUUGCGAGAUGCCGAGGAGCUCAUGCAGAGUCAUUCGAGGGAAGCCGAGACCCAUAAGAAUGCGUUCUUGUUGGGUCUUGAGCGUGCGUCAUCCUUCGAUUCUGAAACAUCCUUGCGCUCCUUGUCCGAUCAGCGGGUUUCUGCUUUGGAAGCUCAGAUAGAGAGGGCCAACCAAUUGGCAAAGACGAGUCAAGCUGCUGCAGAUGAAGCAGCAGACAAACUCCGUCGUGCAGAGGAGAGGAUUGCUGGACUGGAGGCGUAUCAGGAACAGGCUAGUAGGGAGGGUUUGCAGCUUCGCAGGCAGCUACAAACAGCUAUGAAGGAAAGUCAGGGCCACUCUGCUGAGAACAGAGAAUUGAAGUCACAGCUGGAGAACCACCAGCGCGAGGCCGGUGCUCUGGCCGUCCAGCAUGCUGCCUUGAAGGACCUUCUGGGAGAGCGUGGGGUCAAUUAUGCCGAUAGCCGACGCUCGCCCCUUGAGUCGCCUGGGUCUCGUUUCGGAACUCCCGAGCAAGGUCGGCUUCGCGAACUGGAACAACAGCUUUCCACCAGCUUGAAAGCCCACGAAGAAUUGAAGUCCUCUUUCGAGACUCAGAAGCUUGAGCAAUUAGAAAAUGACUACCAGUCGGCUGUUCAUUACCGCAUGAAGGAUGAGCUUGCUCGGUACAAGUCUCAGAACGGCAAGCUUCAGUCGGAGCUCGACGCGGCACAGACAGCUCUUGCUGAAUCGUCUGGCAAGUCUUCGCAAGCUCCUGCUGACUGGGAGUCAAUCUCCGAUCUCCAGGAAGAUACAGCAGCCUCCAUCGCCAACCUUGAGAAGGCUGCGGCCGCUGAGGCUGACAAGACCAAAUCGCAAUCCGAACUCGCAAAGAAAAGCCGCUCUGAGCUGGAGCAGCUCAAGCAGGAGAACGCCUUGUUGGAGAAUCGUGCGUCCGAUGCCGAGCAGAAGGUUGAGGCGUCAUCACAGCCUGUCCAAGGAAUUAACGGCAUCUCUCGUACUCACAGUAACGCCUCAAGCAACACUAUCGGUGCGGGCCGUCGGUCCCGGGCUGAUAGUGCCGUGUCUCAAGACGACGCUUUCCCUGACAACCGAAACUCGGUGGCGCUGGACUCGCUUGCAAACGAACUGGAAGCCUUGCGCACUCAGUGGGAGAGCAACAACCGUAACUAUCGGUUGAGUACGCAGUCCGACUUUGAUCGAACCCCAACCAGGGAGACGGGGCUGAGCGACAGUCUAGCCGAGUGGAGGCGCCGUCUGGAUGACGAGGAGACCAGCUCCACAGAGAAGAUCGAGCCUCGCCACUCCGGUACGAAUCAUGUAACAGCAAGCAUGUCCUAA